CUUCUUGGAUGACAUGGGGGGUCAGUAAAUUAUCAGGAAAUGUUAAUUCUGAAAAGAACUAAUCCUUUAAUGUUUGCAUUAUCCAAUGUAAGUGAUACAAACUAUUUGUUUUUGACUUGACUCUUGGGUUCAUUUGUGUUAAAUAUGAAUGCCUAUUAUCAGUUGUCUGUCAAAGUCCAUAGGGAACUAAUUAAGGGCCUUGAAUUGUUGAAAACAUUAAGAAACUUUGCAGACAAACAUCACCGAAAGCUCAAACAACUCUACAAUUGCAUAUGCACUGAAAAAAAAACGUGAAAUUAUUGUGUAAUUUAUAUAUAAUAUAUAUACAUAGUACCUAACACUCCCUUUAAGUUGGACACUUUCCCUGCACUCCUUAUCUGUUCUUGAUUGUUUUCUAACCAUGUAUGUUGUUCCUGUUUUCUGGUAUUGUGAAUAAACCCGUUUGUAUUGUGGAUCUCUGUACUCGCCUCAUCUCUCAACAUACACCUGUAACAGAAGAACAGACCAAAACCACUGGAGAUCCACUACUCAAGAUGGGCUUAAGGUGCGGUCACACUGCACUUUUCGUUCCAUUGACUUCCAUUCAAACGCAUGCGAAUGCGUCAAACCGGAAACGCCAGCUUGUGCGAAAAAGCGACGUGUACCAGGUCGUCGAUUGUGUGGUACUGGAGCAGUUCAUCACUCGGCUCCCAAAGAAAACCGCCGAGUGGGUCCAGUGCCACCGCCCCACGUCGCUGGACUCAGCCAUCCAUCUGGCGGAGGACCACAUGGUGGCGUGCCAAGGGGUCGGCGAACCCCUCCCAUCUACCUCUCCCUCUCUUCUUUCCCCCUCUUUCUCUAGGCCUGUCCCUCUUCCCAGGUCUCGUCCGCCCGGCCCGCCUCGUGUUCCGCCCUGGGGGCGGGGUGAAACUGAACAGGGACAGCUCUACGGACCUAGAGCCCCGCCCAGGGGGGCGGGACUCUCUGCUGACUGGCCGGACCCCGCUCCUGCUUCUCCCCUCUCUCUGCGCCAACCAUUUAACCCACUCUCUGCCACGAGAGCGGCGGGCAGGUCUGGGCCGGCCUGUUGGCAUUGCGGGGACCCGGAGCAUUUUGUGGAUAGGUGUCCGGUUAUGGAGGUCGGGACAAUGAUCCGGGUCCUGGAGGCCCCGAAGGCUACCCCUGGUCAAGCUGGCUGGUACCAAAUACCUACUGACGCGUCGGACAGGGGGCUGGGUGCUGUCCUGUCCCAGGAGAUAGAGGGGGAGGAACGGCCGGUGCUGUACAUUAGCCGUAAGCUCUCUAAGGGAGAAGCUAAGUACAGCACAGUAGAGAAAGGGUGUCUUGCCGUCAGGUGGGCCGUCCUCACCCUCCGCUAUUAUCUCCUGGGAUGGGAAUUCACCCUCUGUUCGGACCACGCAGUGGCUCCACCGCAUGAAGGAUACCAACGCGAGGAUCGUGUUGGUAUCUGGCUUUACAGCCUUUUAAGUUCAAGGUGGUCCACAGGCCGGGUGCUCAGAUGGCUGUGGCCGAUUUCCUGAAGUGAAGCCCUUUGUGGAUUGUAUAUACCGAGACUGGAGUGAAGCCCUUUGUGGAUUAAUUAUUUUGUUGUUGUGCGUUGCACAGUCUUUCUGUUGGACAUUUUUGAUUUAUUGAAUAAAGCUCAGUCAGCAUAUUUGUGCCAUGUCUCAUAUUCUUUAUCUAAAACUCUUGUGUUUAGUGUAUUGC